AUUAUUUCCAUACGAGGGACUCUACUCCAUUAAAUCUGAAAUCAUUUCAUAGAAGAGCCACACUAUUUGAAAAUGGCGAGCCCAAGUCUUACACACUAUCUGCUAAUCCUAAUCACCAGUGGUUAUAUUGCUAAGUCUCACGGUCAGGUUUUCUCAGUCGCAUCCACUAAGUACGGACCGGUCAGAGGCGUUGCUGUUGGUAAUGGCUCGGAGAGGAUUUUCAUUUACAGGGGUAUACCCUAUGCAAAGCCUCCAACAGGACAUUUACGACUGAAAUCACCCGAGCCACCAGAUUCUUGGUCAGUAACCAAGGACGCCAUUCUUCCAUCAUUGGACUGUAUGCAAAGUCUCCGAUAUGGUAUUCAUAGAAACAUCAGUGAAGAUUGUCUCUAUCUAAACGUCUUUAGUCCGUCAUCUGAUUCAAAUACGACACGAUUGCCCGUUAUGGUUUGGAUUUUUGGUGGUGGAUUCACCUUGGGAUCAGCAUCUGUCUACGAUGGGUCCUUGUUGGCCAGGAAAGGAGUAGUUGUGAUCACUUUCAACUACAGACUGGAUGCGUUUGGUUUCCUGAGCACAGAAGAUGAUUUGAUACCUGGCAACUUUGGUUUACUUGACCAGAUCUUUGCCUUGAAGUGGGUGAAAGAAAAUAUAGCCAAUUUUGACGGUGAUCCUGAUCAAGUGACGAUAUUUGGUGAGAGUGCAGGAGCUUGUAGUGUUUCUAUUUUAACUCUAUCCCCACUGACAAAAGGUUUGUUUAAAAGAGCCAUUAUGGAAAGUGGGUCAUCGCUAUCACCUUGGUGCAUUUAUCUUCCAAAGUCAAAGUUAUCUGCGAGAACGUUAGCCACAAAAAUAGGUUCAAAGGUGAACUGUACCAUAUCAAGUUCUGACCAGUACCUAAACUGCCUACAAAAUGUGGAUGCGCAUCAAAUUUUGCAGGCCAGUUAUGAAGUUCAACAAUCCACUGAGUUUGGUAUGAUACUUCUACCUCGAAUUGAACAGAUUUUUGGCGUACUUCCAGCUCUUCCAACUGACUUGCUAGAACAUGGUUCCUACGAGCAUGUAGACACCAUUAGAGGUUUCAAUAGCAAUGAGGCUGGAGCUCUGAAAGAAAAUUUCACCAUUGGAGCCACACCAGAAGAAGCGAAAGCAAUGAUCUUGCAAAAUCUUUUAGGAAUUUUCAAUUUGACAGACAAAGAAACCUUAGUGAGGCAGUUUGAAGAAGUUUAUCUUACGAAUGCUAGUGAUCCUACACUACUACUCCAAAGAGCUUCUGAUGCUACCACUGAUUUCUUCUACUCUGCACCUGCGAUAGAGGAGAUGAUUCUAAUGUCAAAAGUAGCCGCAGAUAAGAACCACUACUUCUAUCAGUUCAACUAUAGAAAAAGUUCAAGUUUGCUACCUAUCUGGGCGACAGCUGAGCAUGCAGACGAGCUUUAUUUCGUGUUUGGGAAUUUUAAUAAUUCAUUCUGGGGUUCGAAUCCGCCAUCUCAAGACGAUCUCUUAGUGUCUCAGCAGUUGAUGACUUUAUGGACCAACUUUGCCAAGACUGGAAACCCAACCUCUUCACUGCCAUCAGGGGUCACCUGGUGGCCUGCUUUCAACAAGGAUGUUGAUUUUCGUCGAGUUGGAAACCUGCGUCUAAAACGGCCCCAGCAGCCUGAGUCAUGGAGCACCACCAAAGAUGCACUACACCAAUCGUAUGACUGCAUGCAGUCGCCGUGGUUUGGCUUGGAGGAGUUCGGAGUUCAUAGAAACCUCAGCGAAGAUUGUCUUUACUUAAAUGUCUUCAGUCCGUCGUCUGGAACCAACUCAACACUCUUGCCAGUCAUGGUGUGGAUCUACGGCGGAGGCUUUAACAUGGGAACAUCAUCGCCUUAUGAUGGAACAGCUCUUGCUAAGAAAGGUGUAGUUGUGGUCACUUUCAACUACAGACUUGAUGCGUUUGGUUUCUUGAGCACAGAAGAUGAUGUGAUACCUGGCAACUUUGGUUUACUUGACCAGAUCUUUGCCUUGAAGUGGGUGAAAGAAAAUAUAGCCAACUUCGGCGGUGAUCCUGAAAAAGUAACAAUAUUUGGCGAGAGUGCUGGAGCUUGUAGCGUUUCUAUUUUAACUCUUUCGCCACUGACUAAAGGUUUGUUUAAAAGAGUUAUAAUGGAAAGUGGGUCGGUUUUAUCCCCAUGGUGUGUAAAAUACCCAACAUCUACCUUUCCUCAUCACACAAUAGCAGCAAUGGUAGGUUCAAAGGUUAAUUGUAGUGUAGAGCCCUCAGACCACUAUUUACAAUGUUUACAAAGCAUCGACUCUAAGGAGCUUCUGCAGGCUAGUUACGACGUCCAGAAAGCGUCUCAUGUAGAAUUAAUAUUGACACCUCGAAUAGAACAAGUAUUCAAUGUACUUCCAGAUCUUCCAAGGAGGUUGCUGGACAGUGGUCAUUUUGAACAUGUCGAUUCCAUCAGAGGGUUCAACAGCAACGAACUUGCUUUGUUGAAAGAGAACUUUACUCAUGGCGCCACACUGGAUGAAGUGAAGUCUGAUCUUCUGCCGAUAUUUCUUGCGUACACAAAGUGGCCAGAUAAAGGUUCCAUUGUGGCUCAGAUUGAAGAGCUUUACUUUAAAAACGUAUCUGAUCCUAUUCUUACUCUGCAUCGAGCGUCCGAUGUCAUCUCUGAUUUUACAUUUGUCUUCCCAGCUCUUCUUGAGUCCAUCUCAGCCGCUGGCUCUGCAAGGAACCGAAACAAUUACGUUUAUGAGUUUAGCUACAGAAAAAGUGACAGCGCUCUACCCGACUGGGCCACUUCCGCACACGCUGACGAGAUCAUCUUUGUUUUUGGAGAAAGCUACAAGCCAGUGGUUGGGCUGACCCAAUUUUCACAAGAUGACCUCGCCAUAGCGAAUGAGGUGAUGACACUUUGGACGAACUUUGCCAAGUCUGGUGAUCCAACUUCUCCAGAGUCAGUGGAUGCUGCCGCCUGGCCAACUUUCAGCGGUACUGAUCAACAUUUUCUACAAAUUAGCAAGGUGCCUACCGUUUCUUUGGCAGGGAGACAAGAAGCUAUUAGCUUGUACAGAAACAUACUAACAAUUAUGGAAACCAAUCCAAACAGUGUUGUUGUGGGAUGGAUCACGCUCAUCUCCCUGGUCCGGGUACUGGUGGAGGCAGAGUCGUACUCAGUGACACGCACAAAGUAUGGACCGGUCAGAGGCGUAACUCCUUUUGCCAAACCCCCCACAGGGAAUCUGAGAUUGAAGUCACCUCAGCCACCUGAUUCAUGGUUUGCUACCAGGGAUGCAAUACAGCCGCAAAGUGACUGCUUUCAAAUGAUUGGUUUUGACAUUCCAAUGAACAUCAGUGAAGAUUGUCUUUAUCUAAACAUCUUUACUCCGUCUUCUGAGACAAACAGUACUCUCUUGCCUGUUAUGGUCUGGAUCUACGGGGGAGGUUUUACCCAGGGCUCCUCGGUGCCCUACGAUGGGGAAGCUCUAGUCAGAAAUGGUGUCGUUUUCGUCACCAUAAACUACAGGCUCGAUGCGUUUGGCUUCCUAAGUACAGAAGAUGAAGUCAUACCAGGCAACUUUGGUUUACUUGACCAGAUAUUUGCCCUAAAGUGGGUGAAAGAAAAUAUAGCCAAUUUUGGCGGAGAUCCUGAUCUAGUGACGAUAUUUGGUGAGAGUGCAGGAGCUUGUAGUGUUUCCAUUUUAACUCUUUCACCACUGGCAAAAGGUUUGUUUAAGAGAGCCAUCAUGGAAAGUGGAUCAGCUUUAUCUCCAUGGUGCAUGGCCUACCCAAAGUCAAGCUUACAGCCAAGGAAAGUAGCUGCGUUGAUAGGCGCUAAGGUCGGUUGUUAUUUUUCUGACAAUUCAAGCCAGUUUCUUGACUGUGUGCAAAACGUUAGCGCACAAGCUCUGCUUAACGCCAGCAUUGACGUCCAGACUGAUCAGUUCACGGGCAGAUUAUUAAAAGUACAUCAGCCUCGAGUUGAGACUUCAUUCGGUGUACUUCCAGAUUUCCCACAGACUUUACUGACCAGUGGUCACUACGAUCAUUUUGAGGCUAUCAGAGGAUUCAACCGCAACGAAAACGGAGCUUUGAAAAUAGACUUUACUUCCGGUGCAACGAGACAAGAGUUUAGGAAUUUCAUGAUGGGGAAACUUUCAUUGUUCAAUAUCGAUCAAAUCACAAGAGACAAUCUCAUUGCUACCUAUGAAGCUCUAUACUUAACUAACAUUUCCGAUCCAAUCAAGAUCUUACAAAAAUCCUCAGAAGCAUCAUCAGACAUUUCUUUUGCGCUGCCUGCUCUGUUGGAGACAGAUUUGGCUGUGAGGGCAAUGCCAAAUACGAAACAGUUCGUGUAUGAAUUUAACUAUAGACAAAGCAUUAGCACCUUACCAUUGUGGGCUACAGCAGAACAUACAAAUGAGCUACCUUUUGUCUUUCAUGCCUUCCAAUUUCCUUUCUGGUCAAGAACUGCCCAAGCCACAGCAAACGACCUAAGCGUUUCCGACCAGGUUAUUGCUUUGUGGACUAAUUUCGCCAAAACUGGGAACCCAACUUCCACUAGGCCCACAGGUGCGACAUCGUGGUCUCCAUACACCGUCACUCAACCAGAUUUGUUACAAAUAGACAUAGAAUCCAAAACUAUAAUGGGGAAUAGAUCCAUGUCUCUCGGUUUAUACCUUAACCUAGUUAAUGUGAUAUCAAGUCAAGUUGAUCAAGUUGUGGUAGGCUUCCUGGCGACUAGUUUGACCAUGAGAUUCUUCGCUUGUCUUGCGGCAUUCUGUCAUCUCUUGGUCCUAACACGCUCACAGGUAUACAACAUCGCACGUACCAAGUAUGGUCCAAUCAGGGGAGUAGCUGCAGGCACUGGUGCAGACCAAAUUUACAAGUACUGGGGAGUGCCAUUCGCUAAACCGCCCACAGGUGAUCUACGCUUUAAACAGCCUCAAGAGCCAGAUACAUGGACUGCACCUCAUGAUGCAUUGAGCCCAUCCCGUGAUUGCAUGCAGAUUCUUAGGUACGGUGUGGAAAAGCUUGGGGUUCAAGUGAACAUCAGUGAAGAUUGUCUCUACCUGAACGUGUUCACUCCAUCCACUGGAACAAACACAACACUCUUGCCAGUCAUGGUGUGGAUCUAUGGUGGAGGCUUUAUCAUGGGUUCAUCGGCUAUUUAUGAUGGUGCAGCGCUGGCCAGGAAAGGUGUAGUUGUGGUCACUUUCAACUACAGACUGGAUGCGUUUGGUUUCUUGAGCACAGAAGAUGAUGUGAUACCUGGCAACUUUGGUUUACUUGACCAGAUCUUUGCCUUGAAGUGGGUGAAAGAAAAUAUAGCCAAUUUUGGUGGUGAUCCUAACCAAGUGACGAUAUUUGGUGAGAGUGCAGGGGCUUGUAGUGUUUCUAUUUUAACUCUUUCACCACUGGCUAAAGGUUUAUUUAAGAGAGCUAUCAUGGAAAGUGGAUCGUCUAUGGCUCCCUGGUGUGUCUCGUACCCUAAAACAAACUUACCUCCAAAGAAAACAGCGGCUUUGAUAGGGUCAAAGGUUAAUUGUAACUUCCCAGAUGAUUCGCGCCAACUAUUUAACUGUCUUCAAAAAGUCAAUGGAGCCAAUCUGUUAAAUGCUAGUGUUGAAGUUCAAUAUGAACUGUUAAAUGGGGUAGUCACAGAAGUACUGAGCCCACGAGUUGAAACCACUUUUGGUGUACUGCCUAAUUUACCCAAAACUUUACUGACCAGUGGUCAAUACGAUCAUUUUGAGGCUAUCAGAGGAUUUAACAGCAACGAAGAAGGUGCCAUGAAACCUAAUUUCACUUCCGGUGCAACUAGACAGGAAUUCCGGAAAUUCAUUGCAGACGACUUGUAUCCAUUUGAUUUAAGUUCAACGGAUGACGUCAUAAACCGUUUCGAAGCCUUUUAUUUAAGCAACAUUUCCGAUCCGAUCCAGAUCCUACAAAAAUCAUCAGAAGCGUCGUCCGACUUUAAAUUCGUGCUUCCUGCGUUGUAUGAAACUCAGCUGGCUAGUGGCGCCAUUCAGGACAAGAAACAAUUCCUUUAUGAAUUCAACUACAGGCAGAGCUUGAGUACUUUACCCCCAUGGGCGACCUCGGCUCAUACCGAUGAACUUCCGUUCGUGUUUCGUUCUUUUAAUUUCCCCUUGUGGCUAAGUACAUCUCAGCCCACGUCAGAUGACCUCGGGGUUUCAGAUCAAAUUAUAACGAUGUGGACCAAUUUCGCCAAAACCGGGAACCCACUCUCCACACUGCCCACUGGAACAACGUCUUGGCCUGGGUACACUAAUUCGAACACAGAGCUCCUCAAAAUUGGUAAAGAAUCAAAAGUUGUCCCCGCUGGAAGAACAAUAGCCGUAGGUUAUUACGCAGACUUUGUGACUGAUAUUUCCACCAAAGGAAGUCAAGUGGUGGUGGGCUAGAGCAUAAAGUUAUCAGUAGAGAAUGUAUGAAAUUUUGGUUCUUAUCUGUUUCAUCAAAUAAUUUUUUUUAUAAUAAGUAGAGAAUUUUUAAUACAGUCUUCGUUUAGAAAUGUAGACUUUUUUCAUAUUUCUGUUUAGUAUUAUUUAAUAUAACAGUAAACCAACAAUA